CGACCUCGACCUUCAUAUACACCAGAUCAAGAGAUCAAAAUGAAGCUGAACGCACACACGGUCGUCUACAACGGUAAAGUCACCCUCGUUCCCUACGAAGCGAUCCACGUCCCCAAAUACCAUGAAUGGAUGAAAGAUCCCGCGAUCUUGGAAGCUACCGCGUCGGAGCCGUUAUCGCUUGAGGAGGAGUAUGAGAUGCAGAGGAAAUGGAGGGAGGAUGGUGAUAAAUUGACGUUCAUCGUGCUCGAUCAAGCAAAACUACGAGACGGAACGAUAGGUUCCCACGAAGAGGAAGUCUCGGCAAUGAUCGGCGACGUAAACCUCUUCCUAUCAGAAUCCUACGACGACGGCGAUGAUGACGAAGAUGAUGACUUAGCACCAAAACCACCAAAAGAGGGCCCAAUCCCAUACGUCGGCGAAGUCGAACUCAUGAUUGCCGAACCAUCCUACCGCGGUCGUGGCUUCGGCCGCUCCUCUCUACUCCUAUUUCUCCUCUACGUCCUCAACCGCGCCUCCGAUAUCGUCUGCGCAUGCUCCGACUGUAACUGCCGGCUGGAAAAGCUUAUGGUCAAAAUCGGUGAAGACAAUCAGACGAGUUUGAAGUUGUUCGAGAGUAUUGGGUUCGUGAAGGCAAAGGAAGAACCAAGUGUGUUUAGGGAGUGGGAGUUACAUUUCCCGCUCGUGGAGGGGACGUGGGAUAGGCUUGUGGGGCUGAUGAAGGAGAACGAGUGGGGUACGGAGGCUUAUCCGGUGACGGAGAACUGA